CGCACAAUUAGUACAUUUUCUAAGAAAAAUUCCACCUAUACUUCAUAAAGAAAGGUCUUCGUAAACCUGCAAGAUAUGCGCGAAACAAUGUAGUGAAAUUAUCUGGAAGUGUCUUGUUGCAUUACAUAUUCGUCAUUGUUUCGAAAUAUAUCAAUUAUACUAAUUAAUUUCCAGUAUGGGUAUAGCACGACAUGCUCAAUUUUGGUCCAGGACAAUUCUGGUCCAUGACAACAAUAUUGAGAAAGCAAGUCGAGUAUUGAGUUACAUAUUGGGACAAGAAGGAAUUUUUACACAGUAUAGGCGUACUAGGUAUUAUGAAAAACCAACACAAACAAGACGAAGAGUUAACUAUGAAAAGUGUAAAGCUAUUUAUAAUGAAGAUAUGGAAAGAAAAAUUAAGUUUAUUUUGAGAAAGAACAGAGUAGAUCCAUAUCCCGGUUGCUCAUAAUGUUAUUUUUCAACAUUCUCAAUAUUUACAAAAUCUGUAAAUAGCACUGUGUAGUUAAUAUUCAUGUAUUUUAUAUACUAAUGUCAACUGGUGGAAGUAAAUUGUGUUGUAAUAAUAUUAAUAUUUCAUUAAUA